GGUUGGACCCCGCAUCCUCCGGGAUACAGCAGCAGCAGCAGCCCGGCAUAGCCGAGGCUUCCUUCAGUCAGAGGAAGCGAGAAAGACUGGAGUCUGGAGAGGAGGCAUCAGUAGCUGGAUGCACACAGUGGAGUCUGCCAGCGGCUGAAGCAUCAGACACUCCCCGACUGAGAACGCACACCAGCCGAGAACAUGUCUGCAGACGUGGCGGUGUCUCUGUCGCUGCUCGUGGGGAUCGUGGCGCUCAGCGACGCGAUACGCAGGUUGUUGAGCAGGGCCCUCGCGGAUACCGGGCUUGCGGUAUACGCGAUGGAGCUCGUGUCCACCUUCCAGUUGUGCUGCUGCACGCACGAGCUGAAGCUGCUGUCCGAGGUGGGCGGGAUCGAGCCUCGCCUCGCCCUCACCUUGACGUACCUCGCGGCCGUAGUCCACGGGCUCACCUUCAACGGGGCCAUCGGCAACCCCUCUGGUGCGCUCGAGCACGUAUACCACGCUAAGCUUACGGGGGGGUGCGCCCUGCGACGGAUCGCGUGCCAGUUCGCUGCGGCAGCCGCCGCGCGCGCUGCGGUGCCGGUGAUCUGGGGUAUCGGGUUGUCGGAAGUGCACAUGCGGCACAAGCUGCACGAUUACCGGUGCAUCAGCCCCAUUCACGCGCCACUCCUCGAGGCCGCUGCCGUGGAGCUCGGGUGCGCCUUUGCGGUUCAGUCUGCUAUAACGCACACGCGAUCGGUGGAGGAGAAAUACCGCGUGCACGCAGUAGCUGCGGUCAUCGCAUCAGUCGUCUAUGCAGGUGGCAGUGUGACGGGAGCAGUGUUUAACCCGGCGUUAGCCUUCUCCACACAGUUCCGCUGCAGUGGACACUCCUUCCUGGAGUACUGUCUGGUCUACUGGCUCAGCCCCCUGUUGGGUAUGAUGAGCUCAGUGCUGCUGUUUGAUAAACUUGUCCCGCGGCUGUUAAGCAGAUCACCGUCUCUCCAUCUCCCCACGGAGACCAAGAAGAGUGCAUGAGCACCGCCAGCUGUCGGCAUUUUAAACCCAGAGCACACACCGAGAUGUUUAUAGGACUGAAAGUCACCACAAGUUAGAAAAAGAAUAACAGCACUAAUAUGCACUUUAAGACUCCAAGACCUCAAGAGCACAUCUUAGAAGUUAAAAACAAAACUAAAGACUCUAAAUGUAGUGUUUUUGUAAAAUCGAUCUCAUAAACAGGACUGCAGAAACUGAUUGACCACGUUUUUACUUUACAAGGUGGUAGGUUGAACAUUAAUUACAAUUACUGCAAUGCUUGAGUUCCUUUCAGUUAACGCUUAACUGAUUUAACCUUUUAGACACUGUAACACUUUUACAGAGCCAAUGUCAUCUCUACAACCGAUCAAACACACUGAAAAUGUGAAACAUCUGUUGCUAUAAUAUGAAUGAUAAUAAUGAACCAACAAGGUUUGCUUUGUACUUGCAUGAUUUUUUUGGCAGAUUACAGCAUGUCAAUGUCAAUGUCAAGUCGCGCAAACAAGUAUUGCAGUUGCAAUAAUAUGCAUUGACUAAUUAAUAGAAUGUGACAUUUAUAAUGUAAAGUUUAGAAUUGUAUGUUCUGAGUAUAACAAUAACUAUUUGUAUCAGUUUUCUUUACGAAGUUACAAAGUGCUUAACAGAGAAAUUGUAUAUCUACAGCAUAUAACUCAUGUUUAGAGCCCAUUAUAUCGGUCGGACGAUUCUAUCAGCUGAUAUGGACACAGAUAUCACCGGUAUCUACUGCAGAUAUUAUCACAGAUAUAUCUGUAAUCGGAAAGAUGUAUUCCAUAUGCACCACUUUAACAACUUUUUUU